AUGGCUUGUUGUGCUGUAAAAGACUGUAAGAAUAACAGAAAAUUUCCAACCCCGGGUAUAAGUUUUCAUGUGUUUCCCAAAGGAGAGCUUCAAAAAGUAUGGCUUAAUUUAAUUGGAAAAUCAGAAGAAAAUUGGACUUGGAAUAAAAAUAAAGUUAUUUGUUCGGAGCACUUUAAAAACGAAGAUUUUGCUAUGCGUUUUGGCAAAAGGUUUUUAAAAUUAAAUAGUGUGCCUUCUCUAAAACUGGAAAAAUCCAAACCAUCUUGUCAGGUUAUAAGCACUGCAUUAACUUUGUAUACAGAUUCUGAGGCAUCAACAAGUAAAGUUAAAACUAAACUUCAAGAGUCUACGUCAUCAACGGAUGAAAGUAUAUUAAAGAAACAAAUAAGGAAAAAACGAAAGAUUGAAACUAGAGGAGAAGCAAGCCAAAAUACUUCUGCAGCGAGUACCAGUACUGACAGCAGUGCAAAACAAAAGAAAAUUAAAUUUGUCAAAACUAUACACAACUAUAGAGUCAAUACAUGCACAAUGGAGCAAACAAUCGUUAAAAUAGAACCUGAAGAACUACUUGUUGAUUCCAAAGGUGAUAUUUUGAUGAAUUACGAUAAAACUAGCACCUUUACUGACCAAGAAAUGCCUUCAACCUCUGAGAUAACAAUGGAGCAAACAAUUGUUAAAAAAGAAGCUGAAGAACUAGUUAACGAUUCCAUAGGUGAUAUUUUGAUGAAUUACAAUAAACCAAGUACCUGUACUGACCAAGAAAUGCCCUCAACCUCUGGUAUAACAAUAAAACAAGAAAUGAAAGAAGAAUUGGAUGAUGAUGAAGCAUUGCUCGAGAAAGGAUCUGAAAUCAAAGAAAGUGAUGAAGACAAUUCUGACCAUGGAGAUGAAAUGGAUCGUUUCUUUUGCAAUAUUAAGGAAGAAGGAAGGGACGGUUACUUUUCUGAAGAAGAUGACAAAAAUUUGUCAGACAGUGAAGAAAAAGAUGAGGAUGAAGCCAUGUUUGAGACGAAAAUCGAGGUGGAAUAUCAUGGGGUUCAAUAUGAUGAUCAGAGUGGCAAAGAAAAGCUGUUUAAAUGUGACCUGUGUCCUAAGAAAUAUGAUUCAAAGAGAGGUGUAUCGCAGCACAAAAAGUUUUUUCAUUUUAAAGACGAACAAGAGCAGUUUAAGUGCGACCAAUGCGAUUACGUGACUGUAAGAAAAGGUAUUUUCAAAAGGCAUUUAAAAGUCCACGAAAAAAACAAUAAUUUAAAGUGCCAAUUCUGUGAGUUUAAGGCUCUCGAAUUAUGGAGUUUAAAUGCACAUUUAUUAAGCAAGCACAAAUUAGAAAAAGAAGAAAGAGAAAAAAUUAAACAAAUAAGUAAAAUCUAUGAGUGUUCUAAAUGUUUGUAUUUAACUAUCAAAAAAUCACAAUAUGAUGGUCAUAUUAAAUUUUGUUUAAAAUUGGAAAACGUCAAAUGGCAUAAAUGUGACAUUUGUCACUAUCAAUCUAUUCGCAAAAGGCUAUUAGAGAUUCAUAUGAAAAUUCAUAACAAAAUAAAAGAAUUUAAAUGUUUCUUUUGCUUAUUUAGUUGUCAUAAAAAAAAUGAAGUGGACAACCAUAUUUUAAGAAAACACCCAGAUUUUUUGAACGAAUUCAAUAUAAGUAUUAUUACUUCCAAAAUACUUUGUUGCCAAAACUGUAAUUAUAGAACUACAUUUAACAGUGAUUUAAAGAGACAUUUUAAACGUAAUCAUGGCGAAAAUGCACCGAUAAUUGGAGACCCUAUUAAAAAUGCCAUAUAG